AUGUUUCGUGUAAAAUGUAUCUCUUUAUGUGAAUCUACAAAUAAUAUGUUAUUCAACUUUUCAAAUAUUCUGAAUACAUCAAAGAAGCAUUUAUCAAAAUGUGCUAGAAAUUUAACAACAAUCGCGGAAGUAAAAAAUGAUAAUGUAUCAGAAAAGCCAUUGCUAUGGCAUCAAGCAAAACCAUAUUCUGAAAUUCCGGGGACAAAAACGACUUUGGAAAAUAUAAGAAGUUUCUUACCAGGGGGUAAAUUAUACAACGUAUCAUUAAAAGAUCUUCACCAAACAAUGAAUAAGGAGUAUGGAGACUUAGCAAAAUUGAAAGGAUUUCUUGGAAAACCAGAUUUUGUAUUUGCAUUUAAUCCCAAAGAUAUUGAAAAGGUCUAUCGUAAUGAAGGAUUAUGGCCUAACAGAAGAGAAUUCCAAGUUUUUGCAUAUUUUCGAAGAAAUAUUCGUCCUGAUAUUUAUGGUGACAAUGCUGGUCUUCUUGUGGAACAUGAAGAAAAAUGGAAGGAAUUACGAGGAAAAGUCAAUCCUGUCAUGAUGCAACCGAGAGUAGUCAAACAAUAUAUCAAAUCAGUAGAGGAUGUUUCUGACGAUUUUAUCUCAAAGAUGGCGCAGAUGCGAGAUUCAAAACAAGAAUUGCCCAGCAAUUUUAUUAUUUAUUUGAACAAAUGGGCUUUGGAAUCUAUCAGCAGUAUUGCUUUGGAUACCAGAUUAGGAUGUUUAGAAGAUAGUGCUGAUAAAAAUUCUGAUUCUGAAAAAAUGAUUCGGAGUGUGCACGAUUUUCUCGAAAUGACUUUUAAGUUAGAGUUUUUUCCAUCGUUCUGGAAGUAUGUAUCCACACCCGGUUUUGUUAAAUUAAUGAAUGCCUUAGAUACAAUUACAAAUAUAUCUCUGAAAAAAGUUGAUGAAGCUGUAGAACGAAUAAAAAAUAAUCCUAAUGCAAAACCAGAAUCAGAAGCAAGUGUUUUAGAGAAACUUCUCAAGAUUGAUAAAAAAGUUGCUGUAGUAAUGGCCAUGGAUAUGUUGUUAGCAGGAGUUGAUACUACAUCAAAUAGUACAGCAUUUUUGCUGUAUUUUCUGGCUACGAAUCAGAAAUGCCAAAACAAACUUCGUGAAGAAAUCAGAACAAUUCUGCCAAAUAAGGAUUCACAUGUAAAUAACGAAUCAUUUCACCAUUUGCCGUAUUUGAGAGCUUGUAUGAAAGAGUCGAGUAGAAUAUUGCCAAUAAUUGGAGGCACUGUUAGAAAAGUACCAGUCGAUAUUGUUUUAUCAGGAUAUCAAAUUCCAAUGGGGACCGAGGUGGUUCUAAGUCAUCUUACUACAUCAAUGAAAAGCAGUCAAUUCCCUGAACCUGAAAAAUUCAUGCCAGAACGAUGGCUGAGCAGCCAGGAAUCAGAAGGAUGUCCUUUAGCAAAAAAUGCUCAUCCAUUUUCGCACAUGCCAUUCGGCUUUGGGCCUCGCAGCUGCGUUGGGAAAAGAUUUGCAGAUUUGGAAAUGGAAACUUUUAUAAUGAAAUUACUUAGAAAUUAUAAAAUUGAGUGGAAUUAUGGUGAAUUAAAAGUAACGACAAAACUUGUCGCUCAUCCAGAAACACCACUGAAGUUUAAAUUAACUGAAAUUUAAUUGUA